AUGCAGGUGGGCAUUGAAACGGCCGAUAAGAGCCGUGGUAUUGAUGUGCCAUUGAAUGAUUGCCAUCCGAUCGAGGAAGAGGACGUUCUCACCGUGUCUUUGAAAAAGCCAUGCCGUCUCUUCACCGGCCCUGACUGUACCGGGCACAACACACUCUUGAGCCCUGGCGACCACUCUUCGAAGGACCCAAUUCCUGUGAUCGAGUCGAUAUUUUGCCAGUCAUCAUUUUGA